CUGCCGUCGGGACGGGGUCUCUGCCCCUCCCCAGGGGCGGCGGUCCAGUGACGUCACCGCCUCUUUAAGACCCCCGCUUCCGCCCCAUGCCCACAUUCGUCCUAGGAAUUUCCCUACCGUCCUCGGCAGUGCAGUGCAGCCCCGUCACCUUCGUCAUGGCCUCUGCUGGGCUGCAGAUCCUGGGAGUUGUCCUGACUCUGCUGGGCUGGGUGAAUGCCCUGGUGUCCUGCGCCCUGCCCAUGUGGAAGGUGACCGCCUUCAUCGGCAACAGCAUCGUGGUUGCCCAGGUGGUGUGGGAGGGGCUGUGGAUGUCCUGCGUGGUGCAGAGCACCGGCCAGAUGCAGUGCAAGGUGUACGACUCGAUGCUGGCGCUGCCCCAGGACCUGCAGGCCGCCCGUGCCCUCUGCGUCAUCGCCCUCCUUGUGGCCCUGCUUGGCCUGCUGGUCUACCUUGCUGGGGCCAAGUGUACCACCUGUGUGGAGGACAAGGAUUCCAAGGCCCGCCUGGUGCUCACCUCUGGGAUCAUCUUUGUCAUCUCAGGGGUCCUGAUCCUGGUCCCCAUCUGCUGGACAGCCAACGCCAUCAUCCAAAACUUCUACAAUCCCCUGGUGGCUGAUGCCCAAAAACGGGAGCUGGGUGCCUCCCUCUACCUGGGCUGGGCAGCCUCGGGCCUCUUGUUCCUGGGUGGGGGGCUGCUGUGCUGCACUUGCCCCUCAGGGGGGUCCCGGGGCCCCAGCCAAUACAUGGCUCGCUACUCGGCAUCUGCCCCUGCCACCUCUCGGGGGCCCUCCGAGUACCCCACCAAGAAUUAUGUCUGAUGUGGGUAGGAGAAUGAGGGCUCCACUGGAGCCUUCGCCCCUGAGCUGGGACCAUCAAAGGAUGGCGAUGCCCAACAGCUUUGGGGUAGGUUCUUAUCUUUUGUUUCUGUUUUUUGCUGUUUUUAUUUUUGGGGGGUAUUUUUAAAAUCCAUUUGGUAACUGAAUCAAGAUGACUCAGACUCACAUGGCCACCUGGGCUCUGCUUUUGGCAUUUCUCACUUUUGGAUGAUGGAGCCAAAAAGGUGAUGCUUUGAGUUUCUGGAUCUUUCUCCACCAUGGACAUACCUAUCUUGGAAGCCAACCUGGAGCUGUAGAACCAGUAUAAAGGCUGCUUGCUGUGCUGGCCUUUGUGACAAAAGGGACUGUCCCUAAGAGUUCCUGCUGCUGCUGGGGGCUGGGCUUCCCUAGACUUAAAGGGACAGCCACGCCCUUCCUGGUCAGGCCUCUGGAAACCCCAGGGGCCCUUGAGCCCUUCUUCUCAGCCCUGGAAGAGCAGGUGAUAAGAACCAAAGAACGACCCACCUUCAGAUCUUCUGACCUCUGGCUCCUCCUUCCUGUUACCACCCCUCUCCCUGGGUCAGGUCCCAGCUAGGCUGUAGACGUCCCCCUUCCCCCAACACUUCUGCCCUGCGCACCACACUCACAAGUCUUUACUAAA